CAAAAGCAGUAGGAAGAAACAAGGCAAAUAAUCUGUUCAGAGGGUGUUAAAAAUCUGCCCCAGACGCAUUCCAAUCUCUGAGGGGAAAAGUUUGCAUUCUCUGGAGGCCACGGUCACCGGUAAUACGCAGGAUUAGCAUUCAGAUCUAAAGUUGAACCUGCUUUUCUUUUCUUGCAGAGCCGGAGUGGUUAAGGGGCAGCAUUUCAGAUCAUAUUUCAGAUUUCUCUCAGACAAGCUGGGAAGGCGCGAGAGAGGGCUUGUUUCUUUUCCUUUCCGUAUCUAUUCCCGAAGAGCACAGAGAGAACCAACGAAGGAGGGAGGGAGAGCGAGGGAGACAGUGAAACGGAUAGAGCUCCAAAGGAAUUUGCAAGGAUAUCCCUGUAGCCCGAAGGAAGCGUUUUUGAAGCGGAGGUGAGAGAAAAGAAGGCUGAGAUGGACGAGCAGCCCCGGUUGAUGCACUCUCACGCUGGAGUAGGGAUGGCUGGACACCCCGGCCUGGCUCAACAUAUGCAGGAUGGCACAGGAGGAACAGACGGAGAUGGAAGAAAACAGGACAUAGGAGACAUUUUACAGCAAAUAAUGACCAUAACAGACCAAAGUCUGGACGAGGCACAGGCCAGGAAACACGCGUUGAAUUGCCAUAGAAUGAAACCAGCUCUCUUCAACGUCUUGUGUGAAAUUAAAGAAAAAACAGUGCUGAGUAUCCGCGGCGCCCAGGAGGAGGAGCCCCCGGACGCCCAGCUGAUGCGAUUGGACAACAUGCUGCUGGCGGAGGGCGUGUCCGGGCCGGAGAAAGGGGGCGGGUCUGCGGCGGCCGCGGCGGCAGCAGCAGCGACGGGCGGGGCCGGCGCCGACAACUCUGCCGAACACUCCGACUACCGGGCCAAGCUCUCCCAGAUCCGGCAGAUCUACCACACCGAGCUGGAGAAAUACGAGCAGAUGGUAUCCGGAUGGAGGGACAGUCAGAGUUACGCAGGGAGUCGUGGCAGCGGAAAUCAGGCGUGCAACGAGUUCACCACCCACGUGAUGAACCUGCUGAGGGAGCAGAGCCGCACGCGCCCCAUCUCGCCCAAGGAGAUCGAGAGGAUGGUGGGCAUCAUCCACCGCAAGUUCAGCUCCAUCCAGAUGCAGCUGAAGCAGAGCACCUGCGAGGCCGUCAUGAUCCUGCGCUCGCGAUUCCUCGACGCCAGACGAAAGAGACGGAACUUCAACAAGCAGGCGACGGAGAUACUCAACGAGUACUUCUACUCUCACCUCAGCAACCCGUACCCAAGCGAGGAGGCCAAGGAGGAGCUGGCCAAAAAGUGCUCCAUUACUGUUUCACAGGUAUCCAACUGGUUUGGAAACAAAAGAAUCCGGUACAAGAAAAACAUUGGAAAAUUCCAAGAAGAAGCCAACAUGUAUGCUGCCAAAACUGCUGUCAGUGCAGCCAACGUGUCUGCACACGGGAGCCAAGCAAACUCGCCCUCUACCCCUAAUUCUGCCGGUUCUGCUGGUUCUUUUAACAUGUCAAAUUCCGGAGACUUGUUCAUGAACGUGCAGUCACUCAAUGGGGACUCUUACCAAGGGGCCCAGGUUGGAGCCAACGUGCAGUCACAGGUGGAUACCCUUCGCCAUGUUAUCAGUCAGACAGGCGGAUACAGUGACGGCCUCGCAGCCAGCCAGAUGUACAGUCCGCAGGGCAUCAACGCGAACGGCGGCUGGCAAGACGCAACGACCCCCUCGUCAGUGACCUCGCCCACAGAAGGACCCGGAAGCGUUCACUCCGACACCUCCAACUGAUCCCUCCAACGUGGCAGACACCCCCAACGACAAACAGCAACAGCCUCGCCAGCAAAUCCUUUCAGGCCGGAGGUCAACAACGCCAAUAACGAAAAUAGCAUUUCCCUCUGUUUUCGGGAGCAUUGUAGAUAGGCAGAAAAAUGAGAUGAUCAUCAGUACUGACAGUUAUUCAUGGCUAUUGUCUUGUCUCUCGGUAAAAAAAAAACACAAAUAAUCUCCCUCCUUCAUCACGACUCUUUUAGAAUCCCACAAAGGAAUUUCACAGCAACCACAACGACAGCAAGAACAUCAAAAAACGUUUGUACAGUUUUCACCAUACAUACAGAAGAUCAAGGUUACCUUGAUGUAAUUAUUUCAAGUCAAAAUGAUAGAUAUAAUUAAACAACAGAUGACCCUUAUCUUUAGAUUUAAAGGCUUUCACUCUACCUCUCAGCUGAAAAAAAAGAAGAAAAAUCUAAAACAAAAAAAUUAAAAACUUUUGUGUUCUCAUUUUUUUUUACCACUAGCAGAUAGUACUAGGUCACCGUCAUCUUUCCAAAUGUUUAAAUUUCUCUUUUGUUAUGCCAUAUUGCAUAUUUGUCCCCGAUGCUCUGAAGCUGAAGAUGUGUUUGAACAUCGUGAGCAGGAUAAAGUAGGGGAAACCCAUCUUGUAUGUUUUGUAAAAAACAUAUAGUGGUACAAUGGAGAAAAAAAAAUAAAGAUUGAAGAAUUGCCAAUUUUAUGUUUUGCAUGGCUUAUUGUAGCAAGGGAUACAUAGUUGCACAGGUUCUCAUUGGUUUCAGAGGAAAGGCAAAGGGCUAGACAGAAUGCACUAGAAAGUAUAUGAAAUCAAAAUGGUGGGAAGAUGCCAUUUAGCCCAUCCUAGCAUACAGAAUGUGGGACCUAGUACCGCAUCACAAGUCUGAAACUUGGUCAUGUCACGUGAAUUCCCCUGGCUAAGAAAUUUAAACUGUGUUCGAAUGAGCCCCAACACAUCUACAUUCCCACAUAGGUCGACACUCAUUUUCUCAUUUGUUCAUAAAUAUCAUAAUGCAUUUGACGUAAAUGUGAUUAGUUAAAAAACACAGACUGACCUGUGGGUAUCUUUUCUCUGCUUGUGUCUGGUGGGGUAUAACUACGCUCACACAAAAAUGUGAGCUACAAACCCUUUGCAGGUGUUUGAGAAAUCCAAUGUGGUCCUGAUACGUAGGUCUGUCCAUCUUUUAACCAAAAUCCAGCAUUAUCAUUAAUUAUAUAAUCACAUAUUCUGGGCAUAUUGUACACUUAAGAAUGUCCUCUAUCCAGUCCAGUUCUGUGAUGACUCUUCUUAAUUAUGUAUUUUACUGGGCUGUCUCAUUAGACAAAAAUUCUAAAGAAAUUGUGCAUUGGUUUAUCUCCUUGCAAAAUUAGCUUUGUCUCUGUCACAACAGAGACCACAAUUCACACAGAAAUUUAAGUCAUCCAAUAUUUACUUUAGCUAAUCAACGGAUGUGUGUCCAUUUAGCUGUACACGUCCAUGAUGCAAGACACGAAUGGCUCAGAUGAACAAACUUAAAUGGAUUUUGGUGAUUAGAAAGCAAUUUUACGACCAUUUCAACCACACUUUUAUUCAGUCAAUCCUUAUGCAAUAUCACAAAGGGAAUCAUUUGUAUUAAGAACAUUCAUAUUACCACGAUACAUCAGAGACAUUUAUAGCCAAAAUGCUGCUGUUAACCAAAACGAUUAUGUAGUAAGUGCGAGAAAAUGUUUUUAUUCUGGUUUUUACAAAACGUAAAAGAGAUAUGUGGUCAUUAAUUACACUGCUUGUUUCUCAUUGUUGCACAAAUCUGUGCGUCUCUCAUUGUUCACUGUCAGUGCUGGUGCUAUGAAUUACUGAAAAACCAUAUGAACCGUACUUGUUAAGUGAGAAUAUUGUCAGGAAAUUCAAGUUCGCUUUUUCCAUCUGUGGCAGUGUGUUUUACAAGAAUAAUUUUAACUAUGGAAGCAAUUAAACUUUUUAGAUUUAAGCAUUUCUACAGUCAGCCCUGGCUCUGCUUUAUUCAGGUACCAAAAAGACAGAGCUGUCACAAUAACCAUGGAAAAAUAUUUCUGAAUUUACGAAAUAAAACCCUUUAUUUCUAUUAUUUUCCAACAAGGGAUUCAGACUUAAAAAAUUCCAGCACCAGAAAUAUAAUUUCAUUCUGCAAUAAACCUCUGUCAAUUUAGCAAACGAAUCUGAAAUGUGAAAUAUAUUUUCUUUCUAUCCUUUUUUGUCUCAUUUUUUUAUUUACGUUUACUUACACUAUUUUCAAGUUUACACAGCUACGGAUUGCCUUCUUGCGCAGUUUUGCAUAUCCAUCCAGACCAUUACUUUGAUACCAAAAACUGCAAAAGUUUCUCUACAUUUGUCAGCUUUAUUAGCAUUACCUUCCUUGUUUUCUUGCAAAUAGUGUCUUGUUAUCUGUCGUACUGAGGAACAUGUUUUUCGGAAUGUUCUGGUAUCCUCAAAGCCAAAAACACAGCCAGAGUUCUGUAGUGUUUAUAUAAAAGAAUAAUAAUUAUGGAAAAACACCCAUAUGGCACACAAGUACAGAAACUGUUUAGAUAUAUUUUUACAUCACCAUGUUGUGUGCAGUGACACAUGUUUGUUUUUAUUUUUUCGUUCUUUUUUUGCUUUAUUGCAGUACAGGACUACCUACAUUUUGUUUCCUUGUUCUCAUUUGUGAAUUAGCUCAAGAAUGCUCGAUAUAUGUAGAUGUGCACCUUCGUCCUUUCUUUGUUGAAAAGGGACAGUAUCCAUUUUUUUUCCAAAUCAAUGCAGCUAAAUAUUUUAUAGGGGCAGGGGCAUGUUUGCACAGUUGGGAUAUUAUCUACAAGAUUUACUUUGUACAUUCUGGAACAUCUGUCAGAACUUCUGAAAAUGGAUACUGUCUUGUCAAGGUGAUGUGAAAAGUUAGUUUCAACAUUUAGUCACGUAUUAGUGUUUUAACGAGACCAAAUCCUACUCGUAAUUAUUAUGCAAAAAUAAAAGGUAACAGAUCUGCCACCUGAUUAGUACAUUGCAGCACAGCUGUUGUGAGGUCAAAGGAGGAAACUGUGUAAACAAGUUUUAUUUGUCUGUUGACAGUUUUACAUACCAUGACUUUGAAUAAUUAUUUCAUUAAUAUAAAUAAUGGAUUACUAAAAUAUUAUGUACUCUAUCAAAACAGUAAUUUCGAUGUAUCACAAUUUAUCCAGGAGAUCCUUUACCUCAAAAUGGCUGUAUUUAUAAUUUGAAUCCUGAGGUCUGUACAGCUGUAUUUUUUUGAACUAAGAUGAUACUUUUGGGGUGUAUUGCUCCAUUCGUAUAAAUCCUGUGUGUUGAAAUGUAGUUUUUCACAGAAAGCAGCAGAUAAAAUGAUUAUAUUUUCCUGCUCAGUAUUUGCCAACUUCCCCCCUUCCUAUGUUCUGAUGAAAUCCUAAACCUUUUUUUUUUUUUUUUCAUUGGGCCCCUUUGUAAAGGUGGGAAAUGCAUUCUUCUUAUUUUAAACUGUACUUUUCACAUUGCCUGUCCAAUAUCAUGGUAUUAUUAAAAGCUUCAUGUAAUGAUGCUUUUUAGUUUUUGCAAAAAAAGAGAAAAAUAUAUAAAAAGGAAAAAAGAAAAGCUGAGCAAUUUUUAAAACAUCAAAUGUUUUCUUUGUUGCAUGUCUUUUGUUCUUUCAUAAAAUACUGCAGUGUUUUUGAAUGUUUCUUCCUUUUAUAAAGAUUUCAGAGUGUGAAAUCGGUGAGCCUUUCUCUGGCCCAGUUUUAACUUUUACGAUCUCUGCAUAUGUAAAAAGGUAUGAAAUGGAAACACAAAACUAGUGUCUUUUUGAUUCCAACUUAAAACUCUUGUGUUCUGUGGAGAAAAAAAAAAACUAACAAGGUGUAGGUUUUAUGGUCUCUUCAUUUGUACUGGUAAUGCAUAUUCCAAAUAAAUAGUUUCUUUUGUUGCA